AUGGUUUCUACUCAUGUUAUUGCAUCUUACAGGAAUAUAAUUUUGAUCUUGGUGGGAAAAAAAUGGAGCUUUGUGAAUGUUCAAGAGCUGCAGAGUUUCCAGAAGAGCUUUGUGAAUGUUCAAGACAUUUUGGAUCAGAACCGGCUGUUGAUCAACGAGAUCAAUCAGAACCAUGAGUCCAAUCAACCUGAAAACUUGCAAUCUAAAGGUAAGAAGGAAGUUGUGUCUACAAAUAAAGCACCACCUGCUGUAGGACCAUACUUUCAGGCCAUCAAAGCCAACGGUUACGUUUUCGUUUCAGGGGGUCAUCGAAGGAAGAUCUUACCUGAUCAAGAGAUCUUCAACCAUCGAGGAAGUCUUGACGCGCCGGUGUUGCCUUGGAAUGCACGGUUGAAGAUCGCCAAGGAGGUUGCGAUUGCUAUAACUUAUCUUCACACUGCUUUCCCUAGGAUCAUUAUACACAGAGAUAUCAGGGCAAAUAAUGUUUUCUUGGCUCAGAAUUGGACUGCUAAGCUCACUGAUCUCUCGCUUGCCGUGACACUCCCUGAAGGGGGGAGACGACCAGAUAUGGAUGGACCUGAAUUUAAGUAUUAUAUUCUUGAUUAUGUGAAGGAUCUACAGGAGAGAGGAGAACCUGUUGAAUUCGGGGGUGAUUCAAACGACAUAAGGCCUGGUCAGAUGAAAAUGUUUCUCAACCUGGCACUGAGAUGUUGCGCAAUGAGGAAUGAAGACAGGCCAAAGAUGAUUUCGGUGGCAAAACAGAUUAAGCUUAUAGAAGAAGAGGAUGGUCAGAUUUAA